UGUGAUGUCUGGUGUGAACCGUCAUUAGUUGAUUCGGCGAAGUGGGAGUUUGAAUCGACUGAACAGAUUCUACAAACGGCAGAAAAAAUAGCAGGUCCAUAUCGAUGGGGAAGAUAUGACCUCGUCGUUUUACCACCUACGUUCCCCUUUGGUGGAAUGGAGAAUCCAUGCCUGACUUUUAUCACGCCCACGUUACUGACUGGCGAUCGUUCUCAGGUCAGAGUUGUAGCACACGAAAUCGCUCAUAGUUGGACCGGGAACCUUGUUACAAAUGCCAGCUGGGAACAUUUCUGGUAA